AUGGCUGCUGUUGCAACUCCAUCCAGCAUAUCCCCAGUGGGUGGUAACAGAACUGCUAGUUUCAGAACCUUGGAAAGAGAACAAAGAUUCAUCAAUCCUCCUAAGGACAAAUCCGCUUACCCACUACUAGCAGAUGCAGUUCAACCACACAUCGGAUCCUUCAAUGCAUUGACAGAAGGCCCAGAUGGAGGUCUACUAAAUCUCGGUGUGAAGGAUAUCGGCUCAAAGGUUAUUUUCGAUGGUAAGGGAUCAGAUACAAACCCUAACUACCUAGGUAACAAGCUUUCCUUGAGUGUCGAAAAAGUAUCGAUCUCCAAGCCAAUGUCCAACGAUGGUGUCUCAUCUGCUGUGGAACGUAAGGUUUUCCCAGCUGAAGCCAGACAAAGAUUGACUUCAUACAAGGGUAAGAUCUUGUUGCAAUUAAAAUGGACCGUCAACGAUGGUGAAGAAACUUUCACUGAAGUUAGAGACUGUGGUGGUUUGCCAAUCAUGCUACAAUCUAACAGAUGUCAUUUGAACAAGUUGUCUCCUUACGAACUAGUUCAAAACAAAGAAGAAUCUGAUGAAUUUGGUGGUUACUUCAUCGUCAACGGUAUUGAAAAGUUGAUCAGAAUGUUGAUUGUCCAACGUAGAAAUCAUCCAAUGGCCAUCAUUAGACCUUCCUUUGCCAACAGAGGUGCAUCUUACUCUCAAUAUGGUAUUCAGAUAAGAUCCGUCAGACCUGAUCAAACUUCUCAAACUAACGUUUUGCAUUAUUUAAAUGACGGUCAAGUUACCUUCAGAUUCUCUUGGAGAAAGAAUGAGUAUUUGAUUCCCGUCGUCAUGAUCUUGAGAGCAUUGUAUGACACUAAUGACAGAGAAAUUUUCGAUCACAUUGUUGGUGGUGACACGUCAAACUCUUUCUUGACUGAUCGUCUUGAAUUAUUGUUGCGUGGCUUCAAGAAGAGAUACCCAACCCUUAAGAACCGUAAGCAAACACUACAAUACUUGGGUGACAAAUUCCGUGUUGUCUUCCAAGCUUCUCCAGAUAUGACUGAUCUUCAAGUCGGUGAAGAAUUACUAAGACGUAUUGUGCUAGUUCAUCUAGGUGAGAACAACAAGGACAAAUUUAACAUGUUGCUAUUCAUGAUCAGAAAACUAUAUUCCUUGGUUGCUGGUGAAUGUUCUCCUGAUAAUCCAGAUGCUGCCCAACAUCAAGAAAUCUUACUAGGAGGGUUCUUAUAUGGUAUGAUCAUCAAAGAAAAAAUCGAAGAAUAUCUACAGAACAUUAAAUUGCAAAUCCAAACUGAUAUAAAUCGUGGGUUAGCCAUCAAUUUCAAAGAACAAAAGUAUAUGUCAAAGGUUCUCAUGAGAGUUAACGAAAAUAUUGGUUCGAAAUUACAGUACUUCUUAUCAACAGGUAACUUAGUUUCACAAUCUGGUUUAGAUUUGCAGCAAGUUUCCGGUUACACUGUCGUUGCAGAAAAGAUUAACUUCUACCGUUUCAUUUCUCAUUUCCGAAUGGUGCAUAGAGGUUCUUUCUUUGCUCAGUUGAAAACUACUGCAGUUAGAAAGUUGCUACCGGAAUCGUGGGGUUUCUUCUGUCCUGUCCACACUCCUGAUGGUUCUCCUUGUGGUUUGUUAAACCAUCUUGCUCAUAAAUGUAAAAUCUCUACAGAACAAUCGGAUGUUUCCAGACUUCCUUCAAUAUUGUACUCACUUGGUGUUACACCAGCUUCUCAUAUCAUUGCAGCAGGUCCUUCUAUGUGCUGUGUGCAAUUAGAUGGUAAAAUUGUUGGUUGGUGUUCACACGAACAAGGUAAGGUUGUUGCAGACACCUUAAGAUUCUGGAAGGUCGAAGGUAAGACUCCUGGCUUGCCAGUAGACUUGGAAGUAGGUUAUGUCCCACCAACUACUAGUGGUCAAUAUCCCGGUCUUUUCCUAUUCGGUGGACGUUCAAGAAUGAUGCGUCCAGUACGUUAUCUUCCAUUGGAUAAGGAAGAUAUUGUUGGUCCAUUCGAACAAGUAUACAUGAACAUUGCUGUCACGCCUGAAGAAAUUGAAAACAACAUUCAUUCUCAUGUUGAGUUCUCUCCAACUAACAUUCUUUCUAUUUUAGCCAACUUGACUCCAUUCUCCGAUUUCAACCAAUCCCCAAGAAAUAUGUACCAAUGUCAGAUGGGUAAGCAAACCAUGGGUACUCCUGGUGUAGCAUUAUGCCACCGUUCUGACAACAAGCUUUACAGAUUGCAAACUGGUCAAACACCAAUUGUGAAGGCCAAUCUAUACGAUGAAUAUGGUAUGGAUAAUUUCCCUAAUGGUACCAAUGCUGUCGUUGCCGUUAUUUCAUACACCGGUUACGAUAUGGAUGAUGCGAUGAUUAUUAACAAAUCGGCAGAUGAAAGAGGUUUCGCGUAUGGUACCAUGUACAAGGUGGAAAAAGUCAACUUGUCUAUGAACAGAACUCGUGGUGACCCAAUUACUCAACAUUUCGGAUUUGGUACGGACGAAUGGCCAAAGGAAUGGUUAGACAAGCUUGACGAUGAUGGUUUGCCUUUGAUCGGUACCUAUGUCGAAGAAGGUGAUCCAAUUUGUGCUUACUUUGAUGAUACUUUAAACAAAACUAAAAUCAAGACUUACCACUCUUCUGAACCUGCAUACAUUGAAGAAGUCAAGUUAAUUGGGGACGAAUCUUCCAAAUUCCAAGAACUACAAGCUAUUACUAUCAAAUACCGUAUAAGAAGAACACCUCAAAUUGGUGACAAAUUCUCUUCCAGACACGGUCAAAAGGGUGUUUGUUCCAGAAAGUGGCCAACCAUUGACAUGCCUUUCAGUGAAACAGGUAUUCAACCGGACGUUAUCAUUAACCCUCACGCUUUCCCAUCUCGUAUGACUAUUGGUAUGUUUGUGGAGUCUCUUGCAGGGAAAGCAGGUGCAUUGCAUGGUAUUGCCCAGGAUUCUACACCAUGGACAUUCAGUGAAAGCGAUACCCCAGCUGAUUACUUCGGUGAUCAACUUUUGAAGGCCGGAUACAACUACCACGGUAACGAGCCAAUGUACUCAGGUGCAACUGGUGAAGAACUAAGAGCGGAUAUCUACAUUGGUGUUGUUUACUAUCAAAGAUUGCGUCACAUGGUUAACGAUAAGUUCCAAGUGCGUUCUACAGGUCCUGUUAAUAGCUUGACCAUGCAACCUGUUAAGGGUAGAAAGAGACAUGGUGGUAUUCGUGUCGGUGAGAUGGAAAGAGAUGCUUUGAUUGGUCACGGUACCUCAUUCUUAUUGCAAGAUCGUCUAUUAAACUGUUCCGACUACACUCAAACUUCUGUUUGUCGUGACUGUGGUGCUAUUUUGACUACGCAAUCAAGUGUUCCAAAGAUUGGGUCUAUGUCAACCGUACGCUGUCGUCGUUGCGCAAUUAAAUUUGAUGAAGCUAAGAAAUUGAUUGCCAAAUACGAACCAGGAGAAGAGCCUAUUCACAUAGCAGAUUCUGAAAUUUGGGAAGACGGACAAGGUAACAAAUAUGUUGGCGGUGGAAAUACCACUACUGUUGCCGUUCCAUUUGUUUUGAAAUAUCUAGAUUCGGAAUUGGCAGCCAUGGGUAUCAGACUCCGUUACAACGUGGAACCAAAAUAG